CUCGGACCUACAACUAGAUACAUGCAACACGCUCUGCCUGUCUGUUGCUCUUGCUCUGUGUCUCUUUCCUCGUUCACGCUCCCCCGGCAUCGCGGCCAGGCCAUUCCAUUUCGAUUUCUUCAAGCACGCGCCGCCUGACGCUGCAUCCCCCUCCCCCCUACCUCCUCUUUACCUGUCAAGUCGACCCAACUAACUACUCGACUCCCCACGCUCUCUACCUUCACUUUCACCACUUGCCCUUCCCCUCUUCGCAAUGCUCCCCUCGCUGCUGCUCCUCGCCGCGGCACCCCUCGCGGCAGCCCACACCGGCUGCGGCGGCCACGAGAUCGCGCGCCGUAACCCCGGCGGACCGGUCAUCCACCGCCGCCAGGUCGACAACACGAAUGUCGACCCCGUUGCCGAGUGCGCGCCCUACACCUACGCGCCCGUCAACACCAUCAAGGCCCAGUUCCCGGCCAUCUGGCAAGCGGCCACCCUCGUCCAGGGCGACUCGGAGGCCGCGGCGCUCUUCGCGACGAUCAACGCGACGGUCAACCAGCGCCUGCCAAACGACCUCCCCCGCGGCACGGCCAACGGCAACAUGGCCGGCGUCAACUACGACAACGCGGACCCCGACUGCUGGUGGACGUGGAAGCAGUGCACCACGCCCGCUGCGAGCACCGGCAUCCUCCCCGACAUCACAACCAUGCCCGAGCCCGAGACGUGGGGCUUUGGGUUUGACGACGGACCCAACUGCUCGCACAACGCGCUGUACAACUUCCUCGCGGAGAACAACCAGAAGGCGACCAUGUUCUUCAUCGGCUCGAAUGUCAUGGACUGGCCCGUCCAGGCUAUUCGUGCGAAGGACGACGGCCACCAGAUCUGCGUCCACACCUGGUCGCACCAGUACAUGACGUCGUUUAGCAACGAGCAGGCGUUCGCCGAGCUCUACUACACGCGCAAGGCGAUCAAGGACGUCAUUGGCGUCACCCCCAAGUGCUGGCGCCCGCCCUUUGGCGACACGGACAACCGUAUCCGCCUGAUUGCGAGCCUGCUCAACAUGACCACGGUCGUGUGGUCGGACGACACGGACGACUGGAAGGUCGGCAUCGGAAACGUCACCGCCCAGGACGUCGACAACAACUACCUCAAGGUCAUCAACGCGCAGAAGGCCGGCGCGUACGCCACCCACGGCCCGGUGGUGCUCAACCACGAGAUCAACAACUACACCAUGGGCGAGCUCAUUAAGCAGUACCCCGCCAUCAAGGCCGCGUUCAAGUACAUUGUGCCCAUUGCCACCGGUCUCAACAUCUCCAACCCCUACGAGGAGACGAACAUCACGUUCCCUACGUUUGCGCAGUACACUGGUGUGGGCAACACGACGACGUCGAGCAGCGCGUCGGCCGGCGCCAGUGCGUCUGGCUCGGCGUCGGCCGUCUCCGGCUCGGCCAGCGCGUCCUCCUCCUCGUCGGCAGUGGCGAAGAAGAACGCGAGCGGCGCGUUGGCCGUGUCGUCCGUGUCCGCCGCGUCGCUGUUCCUCGGCCUCACCGCCGCCCUCCUCCUCUAAUACCACCACCCACCUGCCCACCCAUACGCAUUUCAGGACAUUUCUCGCCGCCAGAGCGCUCGCUACGUUACGACUCCCCGCCCGCGCGCCGCAGCCACCACCUCCAUCCAGCCUCUCCCCCAGGAGCCGCACAAGGACUAUUUCCAUACUCUGUAGCAUGUGGCCCGUCGCGCGCAUGAACUAAUUUGAUCAACGCAUGAACUAAUUUGAUCAAUGUGCGUGUGUGUGCCUGGUGGGAGGGAGCGCGGGAGAAUCGGCGUGCGACAGGGCGGCCAGAGGCGGCCAGAGCGGGCGCCACGGCUCGGGCCGCUAUGCGAAUGGCGCAGACGAGGAGCCCACAGUGCCGCAGCAGACCUGGGCUUGGUGCAUGGACGCGGCAGUAGACGGGGCUGCGAACAAUGGUCGGUUGGGACGCACCGUCCGCCGUUGGCCGCUUGUACGCAAACGGGUAUGUGGG